CGUCCAGAUCCGGUUGCAUCUCCUCGUCUCUCUCUCUCUCUUUAGCGUCACUGCCAGCGACCUUCACUCUCUCACUGUCCCUCCUCUCCUUCCCUUAUCCCAUUUCCUCACCGAUCCCUUCUUGAUCUUGUUCUUCUGCUUCUACUGCUAUUGCUGCACUCCAGGGAAGAGGCGGAGAGGGAGAGAGAGGCUCCGUGGAGUACCCGACGAAACCGCCAAAUCUCCGUCCGUUCCUCUUUUGUUGCAACCAACACUCCCACUCAAGCUUUUUGCUUCUCUUUCUGUCUUUCGUUCUUUUCUUUCAUCUAUGCUCCUGAAGCAAUCCCUUUCCCAAGCUACUGCGUUUAGGGUUUCCGAGCUCCCUUCUUGUUCCUCGUUCUUGGCUUUCGAUAUUGUCUCUUCCCGGCAGGGCGAACCUUCAGCGAACUUCGUCGGCGGGACCCUACUAUGUUGAUUCCCUCUGCUGCCGCCGCCGCCACUUCCAGGCCGAUCUCCUCGCCCGCCCCUGCUUUCGGCUGCUCACCCUCCGUCUUUGCCCUUCCCAGGCGGAGCGGGCGGUUUCCUGCCGGCGGCUCGCUGUCCAUCGCUUUUUCUCUUCAGCGGAGCCUCCGGCCCGUCGUCUGUGUUUUGAAGGUCUUUGCGAACGCGGAUAUUGUUAAGGACAAGAAUUCCCUUGAGCGCGUCCCUGUGAAAAUUCAGAUGUCUGACGCUGGAUCCGGCGGCGAGAUAGCAGAAUCGUUGAGGCCCUCCACGACGUUUCUUGAUGCUCGGACCCAAGAAGAGCUUCUCUUAGGGGUUAGGAAGGAACUGGAAUGUGGAAAACUAUCUGCAAAUGUCGCUGCUUUGAUGGAAGAAUUAUAUCAGAAUUACAGGAAUGCUAUCUACCAAAGUGGACACCCCAACGCUCCAGAAAUUGUACUAUCAAACAUGGCUGCUGUCUUUGACCGGAUUUUGGCAGAUGUUGAGGACCCUUUUACUUUUUCACCAUAUCAUGUGGCAAUAAGAGAGCCUUUUGAUUAUUACACCUUUGGUCAGAACUAUAUCCGCCCUCUGAUUGAUUUUAGGAAUUCUUACAUUGGCAACUUAUCCUUGUUCGCAGAUAUGGAAGAUAAAGUUAAGCAGGGCCAUAAUGUUGUGCUGAUAUCCAACCACCAAACUGAAGCAGAUCCUGCAAUUAUCUCCUUAUUGCUGGAAAAAACUAAUCCAUAUAUUUCUGAGAAGAUGACAUUUGUUGCUGGAGACAGGGUUAUAACUGACCCUCUGAGCAAGCCAUUUAGCAUGGGCAGGAACCUCAUCUGUGUAUAUUCAAAGAAGCAUAUGAACGACAUUCCUGAACUUGCUGACAUGAAAAAGAGAGCAAAUACACGGAGCUUGAAGGAGAUGGCUUUGCUUUUAAGGUCUGGAUCACAGCUAAUCUGGAUUGCACCAAGUGGUGGCAGAGACCGUCAAGAUCCUCAAACAGGAGAAUGGUUUCCAGCACCCUUUGAUGUAUCGUCUGUGGACAAUAUGAGGCGGCUUAUAGAGCAUUCAGGUGUCCCAAGUCAUAUCUACCCUUUGGCCUUGUUAUGCCAUGAUGUCAUGCCACCUCCACCUCAGGUUGAAAAGGAAAUUGGUGAACGAAGAUUGAUGGGGUUUCAUGGAGUUGGUCUGUCUUUGACUCCAGAGAUGGACUUUGAAGAAUUUGCAUCCAAGUAUGAAGAUCCUGAUGAGACAAGGAUGGCGUUCACAAAUGCCUUGUAUGAUUCCAUCACUAAUCAGUACAAUCUUCUCAAAUCUGCAAUUUAUGAAGGCAAAGGAGAUGCCUCAAGCUCUUUUGUAGUUUUAUCACAACCAUGGUAGCAACAGUUUGCAGAACUUGGUCCGAUUUCUUCGGUUCUCCUGUAACAGGAUUAUACGUCCAUCAUAAAGACAAGAGAAGCAGAGCAUCCACUAAUCAUGCCACAUGCCUGAUGUACAAAUUCAUUCUUUCAGGAAGAAAAACAGGCAGUCAUGCAUCUAUUUUUUUGCGGUUGCGGUGUACUUUAAAUUUUUUUGACGUGAACAGAGAUCAAUUUUGGUGCUCUUGAAUACUUCUCCACAUGAAAAGUUGCCCUUCAUAUGGUUCUCUUCAGCCUUCUGAUGUAUUGAACAUUGAGGCCCCUCCGUGGAAAUCGCGGACAUGUAAAAUGUUGUUGCAUGUAACACGAAAACCUGAAAAUGUAACAUCUAAAAUUUUGUCUGAAGGAAUGGAGUGCUUUCGACAUCCAAAUAUCAA